AACAAAAGCCGCAAUUGUGGCUGGCCCUACCCACCAAUCUCACAUCCCAACGCGCAUCUCCAGCAUCAUGGGCCUCGGAGACAGCUCAAGUGGGUACAAGCACCAAGGCGCGGCUUGCGUAGCCUUGUUCUCUUAUCAUCCAAUAGGACCGACACGUGAGCCCGUCUAGCUUACAUGCAGGUACUGUUCGUCUUUCGCUCAUCGCCGCCGCCGGAGCUCUAACCAGGAGUCUGGAAGAUGUACCUUCUACAUGUGGUAAGGACCGGCUGGGGCUGCAGCGGGCUGGGUACGCCGUGGCCAAAAUUCUGUGAGCUUUAUAGAUGUCGGGUUCCCAGCGUUGUUGAAUUUGUAGUACACCUUUGCGUCUAUCAAUCUUUCAUCACUAUAGUCAAGGCAAGAUGAAGGGUACCUUUUCCAAGGCCGGCGCCGCGGCUCUACUGGCCACAACGGCAAACGCACAACUGUAUCCCGACCAAAGCCCGUUGAACCACACCUGCCAACUACAAGAACCGCUUCUGUCCUGCCCGUCGCAAGAUCCCUCCAAGGUCGACUCAUGCUGCGUUGAGACAUUCGGUGGGCUCGUUCUGAGCACUCAAUUCUGGAACACAUACACCGGUCGCGAGUCUGAAGGCCAGCUUCUCCCUACCGACACAUGGACGCUCCAUGGCCUCUGGCCCGACUUCUGCAACGGUAGCUACACACAGUACUGCGACCUGAGCCGCCAAUACGACCCAAUUCCCGGACCGAACACAACCAAUGGCCUACCAAACGGAACCUUUGUCCCACCUUACAACGGCUCCAACAUCGGCACCUUUCUCGAGCCAUUCGGCCGCUACGACCUCUUGGAAUACAUGAACACCUACUGGAUCGCGUGGCAGCAAGAUAACCCUGGCUUCUGGGGCCACGAGUUCUCCAAGCAUGCCACCUGCUUCUCUACCUUCAACGUCCCUUGCUAUGGCCCGCAGUACCGUGAGCACGAAGAUGUUGUUGACUUCUUCGAGACGACUAUCAAGUACUACAAGAGGUUCCCUACUUUCGAUUGGCUGGCUGCUGAGGGUAUCACGCCUUCCAACUCAACCACGUACUCGUACUCCGAUCUCGUAGAUGUUCUGUACGAGCAGCACGGCGGUAUUCCUUUCUUGGGCUGCUCGGGUCCCAGGUACAAUGCUACUGAUGCUGGAAAGAACACGACAGAUAGAGGGUACACUAUCUUGAACGAGGUUUGGUACUAUGAGCACGUCUACGGUCGCCCUCAGGAAGGCAAUGCCAUUCCCGUUAAUGCUUCGGCUACCUACCUGACUAACUGCGCUACUUCAGAAGGCGCGAUACACUACCCGGAGAGGACCAACGGGUCCGAGAAGGCUCCUACUGUUCCAUUUUAAAACGACGUAGCAGGGUUUGGAAUGUAUUGUAAUGAUCAACAUUAAUCAAUCUGCGUUUGCAGAAGAUGCCACUUUUCGCUUUUGCCCUUUUGCCUUGAGCGUCGCCCUUGAGCACAUCACGCCCAGGUACACAGCCCUCUAAGCCCUUACUUUAGAUUGAGACGCAU